AUGGAAAUUACAGAUCAGUGGACAGGCAAGGCUAAAGAUAUUGAAAAGGAAUUUUCUGAUGUCAUAGUUGAAGAAUUACCUGACGUACCAACGAAUCCAGGUAGGAUUAAACAUACGAUAGAGUUGAAGCCUGGGACAGUUUCUACCACUCAUCGUCCAUAUCAUAUGAAUAUAUCUGAUAAAAAGGAGUUGGAAAAACAGUUGGAUGCAUUAUUGAAAACUCAACGAAUUGCCCCUUCAACUUCACCUUUUGCUACCCCAGCACUAUUUGUCACCAAAAAGGAUGGCACUAAACGAUUAUGUUGUGAUUUUAGAAGUCUAAAUGACGCAGCUAUUAAAAGUGAAUAUCCUUUGCCAAAAAUGGAUGGGUUGUUUGAUCAGUUAGUAGGCGCUUCCCACUUUUCCCAGCUAGAUCUAGUCAGCAGAUAUCAUCAAGUCGAAGUUGAACCGAAAAAUCAAUAUAAAACUGCAUUCAUUACUCAUGAAGGCCAAUAUAUUUGGAAAGUGAUGCCAUUCGGGUUCACCAAUGCCCCUUCCACAUUCCAAAUGUUAGUGAACGAGACCCUGCGAGAGUUAAUAGGUAAGUGUGUUAUAGUUUAUUUGGAUGACAUUUUAGUGUAUUCCCAAAGCGAAUCAGAACAUGUACAACAUUUGCGUGAAGUUUUUAAACGUUUGAGAGACCAAGGCUUAUAUGCAAAAAGGUCCCAAACCAAACUAUUUCAAUCUUCAAUUAAAUUCCUGGAUCAUCGAGUGGAUAAAGAUGAAAUUCACGUGGAUGAGUCUAAAGUUGAAGCUAUUGUACAAUGGCCAAAACCUAUAAAACCUAAAGAGGCUUUGAGUUUUGUAGCUACGUGCUCAUUCUUUCGUCGUUUUAUCCCUAAGUUUGCCAAAAUUAGUAAUCCAUUAUAUGAAUAUGCCAAUAGGAAAGUUAAAUGA